CAGUCGUCUGAAUCGGAGAGCGCUGGUCGCCUCUGCUGUGACCGGUCCGGACAGCCAGCGGAUCGGGGAGAACGAGCGCCAGAGACUGAGAGAGAGCGCUAGCGAGCGGGCAGACAGCCAGAGAGAGACGGUGCGGCGCGGAUUGCUGUUCGGCUGACGAUGCUGCUGACGUACCACGUUGACGGAUUGACGGGCUCCGGAGCGCAUGAUCAGCUGGUGCCCAGUGCGUCGCCGCCGUUAGAGUUUAUGUCGGAGCGCACACACAUGAUGCACCCGCCCACAGCAGCACAACAGGCAGGGGACGAGAUGAGCACAGUUCUGCAGAAGAGCUGGGGCCCGCCGCGCCUCGACCCGCCCGAGGGGACCGAAAUGGACACACUCCCCGACAACUACAUGGAGAUGGCCGACCAGCCACGCAGAGAGUCCGCCUCGCAGAUCGACGAGUUUUUCACGUCGGCGGCGCGGCGGCGCUCGUCGUUCACAGCCAUCCUGUCGGCGCUGCACGGCCGAGACGAGGACGACGUGUUCGUCAAGCCGGAGCCGGAGCCGGAGCCGGAGCCGGAGCCGGCGCCGCUGGCCGGCCUGCCGCCCGUGCAGGCGCCCCUGCCGCCGCUCUACCCUUCAGCGCUGCCGCCGCCCGAGCCGCGGUUCGAGUUCACGGCUCCGGCCGCGCCGCCGCCGCACCCGCCGCCGCCGCACAUCAAGUGCGAGCCGGGCGUGUACAGGAUGCCGUCGGGUUUCGGCGCUCCUCCGACCCAGGGCUACCACCCGGCGGGGUACGGGGGCGGGCCGCCGUACCCGCUGCGCUGCUACCUGCCUCCGACUCCGCCCCACUCGGACCCCGGCUCGGCGAGUCCCGAACAGCUGGCGGCGGCCGGCCGGCGCACACCGCCGCCCCCCUACCGGCGCCACGUGGGCUGGCCGCCGGCGCCGACACCGCACCACCACCCGCUGGCCGCCGCUGUCGACGGCAGGCACCUGUCUGCUCCGACAGCAGCCACCAGCAUAGCGCCGCAGCAGGCCACCGAGCCGCGCCGCUACAACCGCCGGAACAACCCCGAGUUGGAGAAGAGGCGCAUCCACCGCUGUCACUUCACAGGUUGCACCAAGGUGUACACGAAGAGCUCACAUCUCAAGGCGCACCAGAGAACCCAUACAGGCGAGAAGCCCUACCUGUGCUCGUGGGAAAACUGCAACUGGAGCUUCGCACGCUCCGACGAGCUGACGCGCCACGUGCGCAAACACACCGGCGCCAAACCGUUCGUCUGCAAGACCUGCCACCGCGCCUUCGGCCGCUCUGAUCAUCUGGCGCUGCAUCGCAAACGACACGAGCCCAAGGCGAAGAAGUAGCAGCGGGCGGCGGGAGGGGCGUCCAAAGAGGCGCCCGCUCCGUAAGGUGCCCCGCACAGGUCAGCGGCACCGCUGCAGAUGUACCGAGAGGGGCGGGCUGGGGAUUCGAGCGGUAGGUAGUCUCCAUAGUGUUAGUGAUGUGGAUUUUGAUAGGUGAUAAGGUGCAUGAAAAAGUGUACGAAUGGUUUGUAGGAGGAAAAGGGUUACAUGUGUUUCUAGGGAAAGUGUCACCAAACAGUAAGAAGUGUAUCAAAAUCAGAUCGAAGCCGAAAGCUCCAUAUCAAAUCAAAUCAAAGAAGAGGCUCGCUGCACUAAGUGCCAUACAUGUGCCAAUUCAUCAUUUUCACAGUUGUCCGUAGCAGCAGACGAGGGCAGCCUCUUGUUGUGCCGACCGUCGUACACUGACAGCCGGUUGCUGACGGGCAGUCACUGCUGGACCCGAGUCGGGUCGCCGGGGCCGGCGCUGCGGCCAGCGCGGCUGCCCUGAGGGGUGCCGCGCCGGCCGCGUCGCCGGCCGUAUGAGACCCAGUGGCCGAGCCGCUGGGCCGAUGAGGCGACUCUUGGAGUGCUGCCGGUGCCGGUAGCCAGUGUUCAGGUAUCGCCCCGCCGCCGCCGCC